AUGGGUUCAUUAGAGACCGGAGGAAUCUCCUUCAAAAGAGACAACAACGCUCCUAUUCGUUCUUAUUCAGUUGGUAGAGCUGAAAGAAACCCUUUUUGUAUAGACCCAGAUCGAGAUUUUCUCAUGUUUUUGCCUGGUUCUGUGGUUGAGAAAUCUGAACUAGGUUCUUUUCCAUGGAGAGGAAUGGAGUUGGUUAAUAAUGAUUUGUUGUAUUUGAAGGAGAUUGGUCGGUUAGAUUUUGGUGAAGAUAUCAAGUUUCAACCUUCAAAGAUAUUACAAAAGUUUCAAAAAGAAAAUAGAGAGAUGAAUAUGUCAUUUAGUAACAGGACAUUAAGUCGUUUUCCUUACAGGAAACCCCAGCUUGCUUUGGUGUUUGCGGAUCUGUUGGUUGAUCCACAGCAGCUGUUAAUGGUGACUGUUGCUACUGCAUUGCAAGAGAUUGGCUACACAAUUCAUGUUUAUUCACUAGGAGAUGGUCCUGCGCAAAACAUCUGGAAGAGCAUGGGAUUUCCAGUUACCAUCAUCCAAAUCAGCCACCAGAUGGAGAUUGCUGUUGAUUGGCUAAACUAUGAUGGCGCACUUGUGAAUUCUCUUGAAACAAAGAGUGUCAUCUCUUGUUUUAUGCAGGAACCGUUCAAGUCUGUGCCUCUUAUAUGGAUCAUCUAUGAAAAAGCACUUUCUAUUCGUUCAAGACAGUAUACUUCAAGUUGGCAAAUUGAGCUUCUGAAUGAUUGGAGAAAAGCUUUCAACCGGGCUACUGUAGUUGUCUUCCCAAAUCAUGUCCUUCCGAUGAUGUACUCUGCAUUUGACGUCGGAAACUAUUAUGUUAUUCCCGGUUCUGCUGCUGAAGUAUGGGAAGCAGAUGCUACAAUGGCAUUGUACAAUGAUGAUAUACGUGUGAAGAUGGGCUAUGAGCUCAAUGACAUUGUCAUUGCAGUUGUGGGAAGUCAAUUUUUGUACAGGGGUUUGUGGCUGGAGCAUGCACUUGUUUUGAAGGCACUGUUACCACUUUUUGCAAACUUUCCAAUUGAUAAUAAUUCAAACUCUCAUCUCAAAAUCAUUGUUUUAUGUGGGGAUUCUACUGGUAACUACAGUGCAGCUGUUGAGGCUAUUGCUGUUAACUUGAGUUAUCCUAGAGGUGCUGUAAAACACAUUGCUGUUGAUGGUGAUGUGGGUAGUGCCCUCCUUGUAGCUGAUCUUGUGAUAUAUGGAUCCUUCCUCGAGGAGCAGUCUUUUCCCGAAAUUUUGGUGAAAGCCUUGUCCAUAGGAAAACCCAUCAUAGCUCCAGAUCUCUCCAUGAUCAGGAAAUAUGUUGAUGACAGGGUGAAUGGCUAUCUUUUUCCUAAGGAAAACCUCAAGGUUCUGACACAGACUGUAUUGCAAGUGAUCUCCAAUGGGACAUUAUCACCUCUGGCUCGUAAUAUUUCAUCCAUGGGGAAAAGCACUGCUAAAAACCUGAUGGUUCUAGAAACUGUUGAGGGCUAUGCUACACUACUUGAGAAUGUUCUCAAGCUUCCCUCAGAAGUUGCACCUCCUAAGGCUGUUUCAGAAAUUCCUCCAAAACUGAAAAAGAGUGACAGAACUUUGAAAAGUUCUAGAUAUUUAAAGAAGGUUGAGGAACAGUGGAACCAUAUGCAAAGAGAGAGCUCUGGUUCCGUAGCUGCUACUGAUGAUUCAUUCUCAUAUGACAUUUGGGAGGAAGAGAGACAUAUUCUGAUGCUCAAUACUAUAAAGAGAAGAGAGGAAGAAGAGCUAAAAGAUAGAAGUGAUCAACCUCGUGGAACAUGGGAGGAAGUGUACAAAAGCGCCAAAAGGGCUGAUCGCUCCAGGAAUGAUUUACGUGAAAGAGAUGAAGGAGAACUUUUGAGAACCGGGCAACCGUUAUGUAUAUAUGAACCAUAUGUUGGGGAAGGAACCUGGUCUUUUCUUCACCUAAGUUCGCUUUAUCGUGGAAUAGGAUUGUCCACAAAAGGUCGAAGACCCAGGACAGAUGACGUUGAUGCACCCUCCCGUCUAUCACUUCUCAGCAACUCAUACUACCGAGAUGCCCUUGGUGAAUAUGGAGCUUUUUUUGCAAUCGCAAAGAGGAUUGACCGUAUUCACAAGAAUUCCUGGAUAGGGUUUCAAUCUUGGAGAGCAACAGCAAGGAAGGCAUCUUUGUCUAAGACUGCUGAAAAGGCAUUGGUAGAUGCAAUUGAAACACGAAAGCAUGGGGACUCACUUUACUUUUGGGUUCGCAUGGACAUGGACCCAAGAAACCACUUACAGAAGGAUUUUUGGUCAUUCUGUGAUGCUAUUAAUGCUGGAAAUUGCAAGUUUGCUUUUUCUGAGGCUCUGAGGAGGAUGUAUGGCAUCAAGCAUGAUUUUGAUUCUUUACCACCCAUGCCUGAAGAUGGGGAUACAUGGUCUGUCAGGCUGAGUUUUGCUUUGCCAACAAGGUCCUUCCUAGAGUUUGUAAUGUUUUCAAGAAUGUUUGUGGACGCUUUGGAUGCACAGAUGUAUGAUGAGCACCAUCGAAGUGGGCGAUGCUAUCUGAGUCUAGCUAAGGAUAAGCAUUGCUACUCACGGGUUCUUGAGCUGCUCAUAAAUGUCUGGGCAUACCACAGCGCACGGCAGAUGGUUUACGUGAAUCCGGAGACAGGUGUCAUGAAAGAGCAACAUGCAGUCAAGAGCCGCAGAGGCAAGAUGUGGGUCAAAUGGUUCUCAUACAGCAGCCUUAAGAGCAUGGAUGAGGACUUGGCUGAAGAGGCUGAUUCUGAUCAGCCCAAGAGAAGGUGGUUAUGGCCAUCAACAGGUGAGGUUGUAUGGCAAGGUGUAUUUGAGAAAGAGAGGAAUCUACGGAAUCAUCAAAAAGAGAAGAGGAGACAGCAAAGCAAGGACAAACAACAAAGAAUGAGGAAAAAACACCGUCAAAAGGUGUUGGGAAAAUACGUGAAGCCCCCACCAGAAGACAGGGAAAAUUCAGACCCAACACUGUCCGCAUCGGAUUCUUUGUAG